AUGACGGAGUUUACGGAUGAUCACCUUGAUCCAGCCCUUCAUGUGGCAGAUGCUAUCCAACAAUUGGAACCACUGAUACAAACUGAGUCCGAUAAUAUGAAAACGAAUACGAAAAAGAAGAAGAAGAAGAAAGAAGAAUAUAAGUCUGAAAUGAGAGAAGCAUAUAAGAAGUGGUAUUACGAUGAGGCGUACGAAUUCUUCAAUCCUUAUUCAUCCAACCAGGACUUGCGUAAGUCAUGCAUACAUAGGGAUGGUAAGUGCAAAUACCUGCAAAAGGAUGAUAGAAAACGGUCGGAAAGUCCGGGGACAAUAUAUGACGGCGCCAGCGAUUCUGAUUUCGAAGCUGAUGAAUCGUCUGAUGAAGAAAGAAGAAGCGGAGGGUAUCUACAAAGACAAGGACUUGGUACCGUAUGGACAGGAAAGGAAAAACAGAUUUUCUUUCACCAUCUAGCACGCCAUUCGAUACAUACGCUGGAUCAUUGGGCUGAAGAGAUACCAGGAAAGAGUAAAUUUGAGAUACUAACAUAUUACAAAGUUCUGCAGGAUAACCUUGUGGAGUUGAAAAGACUACCAACCAAAAAAAAAGGCGGGGUUCUAGAUUAUGAAGAGUUUCCAAUUGCGUAUGAGGUUGGGGAUUCUUGGAUAGAAUUGGAAGAAGAGUUGAGCCGAGAUCUUCACGAAGAAGACGAUACAAGUGUUAUUCCAACACAAGAUGAAACUGAAGAUGAAUCAAGUGUUAUCAAUUGGACCAAUUGGUACAAAAGAUGGGAUACCUUCUAUGGUAAACACCGUCUUUUGGAGUAUUAUCCGUGUAGUAGAAAUCCAAACGUUUUCUCUCCUGAAGCUAUGCAAGUUAUGGAAAUUCUUGUUAAGCGCUACACUGCCAAACUAUUGAGCGAGACAAUUAUACCGGUUCUCGACAAGAAAAGUGUACCGCGCUCUCUAUCGCAGUCUUCUAAGAUCUUGAAAGAGUCACGUACAAAAAAAUUGCGUAGCGUCUGCAAAAUAUACGAAUCACCGGAAGAAGAACAUGAUAAAGACAUCAUAGAAAUAAAAACGUCGAAUGAAGAAUUCCCACACAUCGUGACAGAAAAUGAUGUUGUUAACGCACUUGUGAGAAUGAGAUUGUAUAGCCAUUCAAGGGGUAAUGGGAACGAUAAACUGUACCUAACAUAUCCGGAAAGUAUCGUGGAAAGCAUUCAAAAGUUUGACAUAGAAUUGGAAAAAGGUAAGAUAUUCAGAAAUCGUAAAGUUCUUCGCCAGUUACGUGUAUUGCUGUAUCUUCAAAACAGCAAAGUCUACUCGAAACAGCUUACAUACCCUAAAAGCACGGGCAAGGAAAAUAUUGAUUGGGUGUCUGGCAAUUCUGCAGCCACUUAUGACACUACUUCCACGAGAAAACGCCUAAAACAUGAUAGAGAUCUUGCUGAUACUCCUGAAUACAAGAAACAAAAGAUAUUGGAUAUAACUAUAGACAACAAUGAUAUACUACGAUCUGCCAAAUAUACACACACGUUACUAACAUGGUUGCAGCUAACAAAGAAUAGCGUUAAGAAAGGGAAGUCAGAUACUGACAACAGUGCGAAGCUCAAAGAAAGAAUACACGUGACCUGGUAA